AUGCCUCUCUUCAACCGAGCAAGCAACUUCACGAUAAACGGCGGGACGUUCAACGACUUUUCAAGGGAGGUAGUAAUCCACCACCAUUGGCACUACGACUCGCAUCGCACUGUACAACAAGCGCCGAUACCAGUUGAGCGUCACGCUAGCGCACCAAUAACAACACCGGCCCUAACCCACGAUCAACUUGUGAAGAAGGCCAAACGUGCUUCAUCUCCCUAUGGCGCACCGAUAACAACACCAGCGCUAAUUAACGGUCAAUGUGCGAAGAAAAUUAAACGUGCUUCAGCUCCCUAUGGCGCACUGAUAGCGACCCGAGCCCGAACGAAUGAUCCAGUUGUGAAGACAGCCGAACGAGCUUCAGCUCCCGAUGGCCCAACCCAGCGCAUUCCAUGGGCGUCACCGAGCGCCUUCUCAGUACUCAAUUAUGCCCUUGACCGACUGAACGCUGUCGUAGAGCCCCACUCCAGCGGCAUCUUCAAGAAACUCCACGCCGACCUCCAGGGAUUGGCCCUCGUCGCCACAAUCCUGCGGCGAGCAUACCAGGCUUGUAGGAAGACGGAUUUGGGGAGGCUUGUCAGGGAGGAUAUUCACCACCAUCUCUCGCAGUGCAUCCUUACUCUCACGCAAGUCCACGAUGACGUUGUCCAGCUACCAUACCGAUGGGUACCGCCUUGGAGGAGAUUUGGGAGUGUGUUGUAUGUCUGGCACUGGUGGACGGCGGUUGAAGAACCGGAGGAGGUUUCUUCCAUUCGGAAGCUGGUGAACUCGCAGGUGAAGACCCUGGGGUCUUGUUUGGUCUCGCUGAAGUCCAAGGCUGCAGAGGGACCAAAGGAAGCUUCUACAUCGACCAAAAGCGAUACCAGUUGGAUGACCCAUGUACCAAUCAAGCGCUCGACGACACACUGUUCCACCAGAACCUACGCCCCGGAAAGACAUUCGAAUGAAGCCUGUCGGAUGAUGGUCAAAGUCACAGAAGUCACAUCCCCCGAGAGGCCCGCCGAACCGAAAGAGGAGGAUACGUCCUGUGAUGAAUCCUCCCCGACUGAAGAGCGCCGUCGAUACUCGAUGCCAUCGAAUCCUCGGAGACGGUCGCGACCUGUUUCGCCUUCUGCUUCCAACGGGGCAAUCCAGGAACAACCAUUGGAAGAAGUUGCAAUGGAGGUUACACCGGAAGAAACCCAAUCCACUUUGAUGACAGAGGGCGACGUCCUUGAAGCACGCUAUCUCUUCCGUCGAAUGUUGAUCCAACUCGUCGUCGACAACCAGACUCAAGCCUCCGUCGUGCAAGAGGAUGGUGCGGUGGUUGAGUCCCCGACGGAUCCCUGGUUCGUUGGUGAAUAUAUGGAACGAUUCCAGCAAUCUCCGUGGUACCUUCGACCGAAUUUGAACCCUUCUGAAAUCAUCAUGGACCACGACGGGUCUAUCCGUGCGGCAACUCUCGAAGUACUCGUAGAGAGACUUACCGCCCACGAAGAGACCCAAGCAGCGCGUCGUACAGACUCGCCAGGUGUUUUGGAUGACGAUGACCUCCUUGUGCUUGGCAAAAUCGAACGAUUUUUGCAGUCACGUCACCUCAUCGGGUUCACCAUGGCGUCCAAGGUGCUUUUGAAUCUCAUCGCCCGAGCAACAAUCCGUAGAGGUGCGCGGGAACGUAUUUCAAGUACAUCGAUGCCCUCCCCUCCCGCUCCAAUAAUAUCCAAAUUCAGCAAAACAUCGGGACUUCUGCUUGAUAUCCACCCACUUGAAUUGGCGCGGCAAUUGACCCUCAUGGAGAGCGAGUUUUACCAGAGGAUAUCGUCUGGGGAACUGCUUCGAAGGGCAUGGAAGCAGGGACGUCGGGAUAACAUUUUCGGCUUGAUUGAAUUUAGCAACAAGAUUGUCAACUGGGUGGUAAACAUCAUCUUGAGCAAAGAGGAUCCUCGAAAACGAGUGGCCCUCAUCAAAUACUUCAUUACAGUUGCCGAGCGUUGUCGUUCCUUGAACAACUUUGCAAGCAUGGUUUCCAUUAUCUCUGCCCUCAACUUGCCACCAGUCAAGCGGCUGAAGCGGACGUGGGGUCGUAUCCCCCCGAAAGAAACUCAGCUGUUCUCCUCAUGCGAGAAGAUUAUUGACAGUGCCAAUAAUUUUACCACCUACCGCCAACUCAUGACAUCGGUAAGGCCGCCUUGUGUGCCUUUCAUCGGUGCAUAUACCUCUAUGCUCGACUUCCUACGUAAUGUCAACCACGACAAUCUUAUUCAAAGCGGAGGGUUGAUCAACUUUCGGAAACGACAGAAGGUCUGGGAGGUUAUUAUGGAGGCAACGCGGUUCUCGAACGAGCCUUACAACUUGCAGAGCGUGCCUUUCAUCCAGAAUUAUAUUCGGAACUCCGUAGACAUCCGGACAAGAGGAGAUGAUUACUACUGGGAGCGUAGUUUAAUGUUGGAGCCUCGAGAGUAG